AUGGAACUCCAGCCCUAUCAAACCCUUGCAUCACCAAGAGAAGUAAAAGCUGAGGAGAAGUCACCAGUCUCCGUUAAUGUGAAGAUGGUUAAAAAGGAACCUGAAGAUAGACAGCAGGCUUCCAAAAGCCCUUACAAUGGCGUAAGGAAAGACAGCAAAAGAAGUAGAAAUAGCAGAAGUGCAAGUCGGUCAAGAUCACGAACACGAUCACGCUCUAGAUCGCAUACCCCUAGACGACAUUAUAAUAAUAGGCGGAGUCGAUCUGGAACAUACAGCUCGAGAUCAAGGAGCAGAUCCCGCAGUCACAGUGAAAGCCCUCGAAGACAUCAUAAUCAUGGUUCUCCUCAUCUUAAGACCAAACAUACCAGAGAUGAUUUAAAAAGUUCAAAUAGACAUGGUCAUAAAAGGAAAAAAUCUCGUUCUCGAUCUCAGAGCAAGUCUCGGGAUCACUCAGAUGCUGCCAAGAAACACAGGCAUGAAAGGGGACAUCAUAGGGACAGGCGUGAAAGAUCUCGCUCCUUUGAGAGGUCCCAUAAAGGCAAGCACCAUGGUGGUAGUCGCUCAGGACAUGGCAGGCACAGGCGCUGACUUUUCUUCCUUUGAGCCUGCAUCAAUUCCUGGUUUUGCCCAUCUACAGUGUGGUGUAUGGACUUGUAAUCAAAACAUUAAAAGCAAACUGAUUAGGAUUUGAUCUAUUAAACCCUCUAGGUCUCUAGAAACACUGAGGACAUUUUCUUUUGAAAAGAACUAUGUUAAUUUUUUUUGCACAUUAAAAUGCCCUAGCAGUAUCCAAUUGAAAACCAUGGUCAGGUUCAGUUGUACUUAUAGUUGUGUAUUGUUUAUUGCUAUAAGAACUGGAGCGUGAAUUCUGUAAAAAUGUAUCUUAUUUUUAUAGAGAUAAAAUUGCAGACACUUCUAUUUAAGUGGUUAUUUGUUUAAAUGAUGGUGAAUACUUUCUUAACACUGGUUUGUCUGCAUGUGUAAAGAUUUUUACAAGGAAAUAAAAUACGAAUCUUGUUUUUUUUAAACUGCUUCCAAUACCUUAUUAAAUAAAUUAUUAAAAAGACCACAAUUUUAAUAGUAAAA